AGUCACAAUACCUGGUUCUAUUCACAUUCAGAUUUUCAUAAAGAGGAAGCAGGGAAGUAGAGAGAAGUGCUCUAGACACACACCAAUAUAUCUAUUCUACCGCAGUAGCACCGGGAAAGCCUGGGGUGUAUAGAAGAUGGUCUUUCCUGGACUACGGGAGGACAGUUGCUGUGGCUGGGUUGUCUAUACAGGACAAUAAAUUCUGCACUGAGUUUGGUCGUCUACAGAAUUUCUCAGAAGUUGGAGUUCCUCAAGAGAAAUAAUUGCUAAUGAGGCCUCUGUAGCCAUGGCUACUUCUGACGUGAAACCAAAAUCAAUAAGUCGUGCCAAGAAAUGGUCAGAGGAAAUAGAAAAUCUGUACAGAUUUCAACAAGCAGGAUAUCGGGAUGAAAUUGAAUAUAAACAAGUGAAACAAGUCACCAUGGUAGACCGUUGGCCAGAGACAGGCUACGUGAAGAAACUUCAGCGGAGGGACAAUACUUUCUAUUACUACAACAAGCAGAGGGAGUGCGAGGACAAGGAGGUCCACAAAGUGAAGAUUUACGCCUACUGACCUUUCCCGUUUCUUCGGCUUGGCGAUGGUACUUUAAGAAUUGGUUGUUUACAUUCUUCCAUCAUGUAAAUGUCAUUUUACAAAACAAUCCACAAUUCUGUCUUUAAUUCAUGGUGUCUUACACAGCAUAAACACUGAGAAACCU